AUGCUCACGGGCCGCGUCUCGCGCGAGGUGUUCGUCCAGUGCUGCCGCCGCGCAGGCGUGGGGGCCUUCGCGGCAGAGGCCUACAAGGAGCUGGUCGCCGACGGCGGCAAGCUCAGCUUCUCGCAGCUGGCGCCCGAGGAGGCCGGGAACCUGCGGGGCUUCGUGGAGGCCGCCGCCACCGCGGUCGGGUUCGACCUCGAGGAGGUCUGGGCCUACCUCGACGAGCACAGGCGGAACUGGAUCACCCUGCAGGAGUUCCAGAGGCGCCUGAACACGCUCAACUUCGAGGGCGACGUAGGGCUGCUCUGGACGGGCCUCACAGACAAGGACGUCCCCCGCCUCAACAAGCAGAACCUCAUCGACACGCGGAGUCUCCUGCCGCAGGACUACGACGCCAGAGAGAUCACGGCCGGCCUCUCGGCCCUGGCGGGCGAGCUCUUCGGCGGCGCGGAGGGCUUCUGCAGUGCCCUCGGCCUCCAGAAGGGCACGGACACGAUCAGCAGCGAGGAC